GUGAUGUCGGGCGUCUACGGGAGGGUUCCAGGCGAGCCUGCUCUGUCACCUCCCAUAGCCGCUCGGCCGUGCUUUCCGCCGCUGUUUCUGUCUCAAAGCGCUGUCCCGCCGGGGUAGGCGUAAGGCUGCGAGAGGAAGGGGGCCGCUGCGCCUGUGGCUCUUGUGCUCCGGGUGGGCUUGAGCAGCUUUUUGUCUCCUUCAGCCCGCCCCUCGGAGCCUGUGGUGGAAAGGGGAGGUGAAGCCGUGCUAGAGGAGCGGGCUGCCGCCUCCGAAAGUUGGAGGAGGAGGAAGAGGAGGAGGAGAAGAUCUUCCGUGCACAGCGAUGUAGCCCUGAACGUGGAACAGCACCUCAGCUCCUCACCGGUGUGACUGCAGAGCAUGGGCUAAAAACGAUGUCCCUCUCCCGUGCGGAAAACCCUUGUUUUCUGCUGUUUCUGUUUGUCUUCCAAGCGGUGUUUAUCCUGAUCCUGUACCGAGGUGGACCUUCGCAUGUGUUCCGCGGGUUCUUAGACACACCGCAGGUCCUGGAUUACUCCAGGACUCACGAUGUGUACACAAACCUCAGCUUGUUUACCCGGGUUCCUAAUGAAGAAGCUAAGCCCUACUGCUCGGCACGGUCACCGAUAUUUGUUGGUCCAUUAACCAUCACCUUCAGAGUGCUCCCUAGUGAGAAAAUGAUCAUCAGAAAAAACCCUUUCGUUGGGCCUGGUGGCAGCUACAGGCCACCUCACUGCCUGGCCCGCUACCGAUCAGCCAUUCUUGUAGCCUACAGGAACCAGAAGAAGUACCUUCACCACCUUCUCUACUAUAUCCAUCCUUUCCUGCAGCGCCAGCAGCUGAGUUACACUAUCUACUUGAUUCAGCAGGCGGGGAAUGGUACCUUUAACCGAGCAAAGCUGCUCAAUGUCGGUGUCCGGGAGGCCCUGAAGGAUGAAGACUGGGACUGUCUGCUCCUGCACGAUGUCGACCUGGUACCCGAGAAUGAUUAUAACCUCUAUGUUUGUGAUGAAUACUAUCCCAAGCACAUGGCCAGUGCUAUGGAUAAGUUUCAGUACACUCUGCCAUCUAAGUCGUUUUUUGGGGGUGUAUCUGCUCUGACUCCAGAACAUUACAUGAAGAUGAAUGGGUUUCCAAACACAUACUGGGGCAAUGGUGGUGAAAAUGAUGACAUUGCUACAAGGAUUCAGCUGGCAGGAAUGAAAAUAGUCCGGACCCCACCUCACCUCGGACGCUACAAAGUGAUGGACUAUGACAAAAGGACAGAGACACAAGAGCCUUGGGGAAGGUCUGCUUCCCACCACAACACCAGGAAAACAUGGAAAGAUGAUGGAAUGAAUUCAUUAGAGUUCAAGCUCCUCUCCAGGACAAAGCAUCCUCUUUACACCAACAUCACUGUGGACAUUGGUUAUGUUCCCCCCUUCUCUUAGGGGAAUAGAAAAAGAGGUCGGUUGGGUCCAGUAUGGCAGCAUGCAUGUGAGGCUUCAGCCUCUACCUCCUGGUGGCAGUCUCACCUGAGACUAAUCCUUUUGUCUUUCAUGCAUUUGUCUUUCCUGCUGGGUAAAAGUUAGAAGAAAAGGCUUCAGGAAUAGGGUAUGACAGCAGAUAACCAGGCUGGGGCUUACUGUGCACUGUAAAACUAACUCCUGAGCCAGAGCCACCUCCCAGCCCUCAGGGAUCAAGCUCUCCUUACCCAAGUUAUCUGGAACCUUUGUUCCAGAGCUGGAUGGAUGUGUCCUGCUUUGUACUUAAAUGGUGAUUGGGAUAAAAGCUCUUUUGGCAUGAGGCAUGCUGUAUUUUGACCAGCUUCUAUACUUAAGUUCUGUAAAUAUCUGGUGAAUUUGAGUCAAAUGGAGUUGUG